AUGGAGGGAAAAGAAAAUGUGUAUCCGUUUGAAAUUAAACGCGUUUCUUUAGAACAAGCCGGCAGGAACGAGAGAAAUGGUUUUACUGAGAAAGUUUCAGAGCAUUCAAAAUACUUCAUCCGCACGGGACCGCACGGCUACCUGAUGCCGCAAGCGCUGGAGCCUUAUCUACCUAAAAUAUACAACAUGGAUAUUCGAUCUGAUGAUGUUUUCAUUUUGACGUUCCCGAGAUCAGGUACAACUUGGACUCAGGAGUUGGUGUGGCUGGUGGCAAACGAUUUUGAUUACGAAAUCGCCAGAACAGUCCGCAUUGACGAGAGGUUCCCGAAUCUCAAUCCAGUUAACCUUCCAAAGCUAGCUUCAGAGGCCAAAUUUAAUAUUGAUUCUGCGAACUCGUUAAAAAAUACAGCGUACGACCUGAUAUCCCGAAUGUCUUCACCGAGAUUUAUCAAAUGUCACAUACCACUCUCGUUGCUACCUCCAGGCAUUCUGGACAAGGCCAAAAUGGUGUACGUGGCCAGAGACCCGAGGGACGUAGUCGUCUCCUACUAUCACUACCACAGAUUUUUAACUUUAAGGGCAUUCAAUGGUGAUUUCAAGACCUUCUGGAAUCUCUUUCGAAAUGAUUUGGUUGAAUAUGGUCCAUAUUUCGCCCAUGUGAAAGAAGCCUGGCUUUUGAGAAACCAUCCAAAUAUGCUGUUUAUUUUCUAUGAAGAAUUGACAAAGGAUAUGCCAAGCGUGAUUCGCCGUGUUGCCAAUUUUUUGGGUAAAACCGUAACAGAAAAUCAAAUUGGCGCUUUAUGCGAGCAUCUGAAGUUUGACAAUUUGCGUAAAAACAAGUCGGUGAACAAAGAAGAUUUGAAAGAAGAAGGAAUCAUUGCUAAAGAUAUGAAUUUCAUACGAAAGGGUAAGGUGGGUGACUGGCGCGACUACUUCGAUGAGGAGAUGAGGAAAGCUGCUGAAGCCUGGAUGGAAGAGGGAUUGAGGGGGAUUGACUUCAAAUUUCCCUAUUAA